AUGAAGAUCGCUGUUGAAGGUUGCUGUCAUGGUGAAUUGGACAAGAUUUACGAAACCAUUGCACACCUGGAAAAGAAGGAAGAUAUCAAAGUUGACCUGCUGUUGUGCUGUGGAGAUUUUCAAGCUGUUCGUAAUGAAGAUGAUCUUUCUUGCAUGGCAGUCCCUCCAAAGUAUCGGCAUAUGCAAACAUUUUACAAGUACUAUUCCGGAGAGAAGAAGGCCCCUGUACUUACAAUCUUCAUAGGAGGGAAUCAUGAGGCUGCCAAUCAUUUGUGGGAACUACCUUAUGGAGGGUGGGUAGCCCCAAAUAUCUACUAUCUGGGGUAUGCUGGGGUGGUCAACUUCGGUGGUAUGAGAAUUGGUGGUCUGUCAGGCAUCUACAAAAGUCAUGAUUACAACAAAGGACAUUUUGAGAGGCCACCAUACAACGAUUCCACUGUUCGCAGUGCAUAUCACAUUAGAAGUUUUGAUGUCUUCAUGUUGAAACUUAUUUCACAGCCAAUUGAUAUUUUCCUGUCGCAUGACUGGCCUCAAGGAGUUUAUCACCAUGGAAACCUUCAAGAAUUAUACAGGUUUAAGAACUUUCUUAAACCAGAGAUUGAGAGCAACACAUUGGGAAGUCCUCCAGCAGCAGAAAUACUGACUUCACUGAAGCCAACAUACUGGUUUUCAGCACACCUGCACACAAAGUUUCCAGCCUUAGUACCACAUGAAUCCCAAGAAGGAUUCAAAUUCACCAAGUUUCUUGCCCUUGAUAAAUGCCUUCCAAGACGAGAGUUUCUGCAGGUGAUUGAUGUUGGUCCUUUGCAAGCACCCCUAGAGCUGACUUAUGAUCCUGAAUGGCUUGCAAUAACAAAGCUUACAAGUUCCCUUAACAAUUCAACACCAAGGACAACAUUUAUACCAAAUGCAGAACAAAUAUCACAGUACAUACCUGAUGGUCAGAUGGUUGAUGAAGUUGUUAAAACAUUUGGAAGCCCACCAAAGAUUACAGACAAUUUUGAGAUAACUACCACUCCAUACAAUCCAGAUAAACCAAAAAAGGUUUACAUGGCUCAAAUACUGGCUGUUAUGAACCCUCAAACUGAGACUUUUUGUGCCAAACUUGGAAUUAACAAUCCCUGCUGUUCUGAAAAGUCUGUUACUCCUUGCCCCAAUCCCGAAGAAAUAGAGCUAAGUGAUGGAGAUGAAAAUAACUCCACCUUUCUUGGUAAUCCUGACGAAAUUAUUGUUGAUGAUGAUGAAGUUGAUGUGACUGAAGCAGAACCCAACAUUGAUUCAUCUGUUGUCAGUAUUGUUCCAACUCCUGAUGUGAACAAACUGAAUCAAAACAGGUCUCUUUUGGAACUUCCAAAGCCUGUGAAUAUUUUUACUAAAAGUGAAGAGCACUAUGCAUUGUGUGAGGAUGACUCUCCUCACACUGAGGGUAGAAAUUGUGAGCAUGAGGAGGUAACUCAUGACAGUUCAUGUUUAGAACCUCAAAAAAAGGUUUUGAAAAUUAAGAGGAGAAAUCAGACACUCUACGCUUCAAAUGACAAUGAUGAAGACAGCGAUGCUUGAUUCUGAAGCAGGGACAUUGUCACUAUUGUUAUUUCAUGGACUAAUUUUUUAACCAUUAUCAUUAAAACUGCACUUCUCCUUCUCCUAGCUGCUUGUGAACUAUGAUCUUUAUGAACUUGUUAUUUAAUACAAUAACUACUAAAACAAAAGAAAAGAUGUACUACAGUAGAUCAUUCUGAAGAAAAAUAGAACCUUCUGUCAAAAUAUCUUGUGAGUUGUAACUUUAUUUGAAAAGUGUUGCGCUAAAACGCAACAACAGUAGUGUUUAUAACUUUUAUCACAAUGCUGCAAAAGGACCUGUACUAAGACAGGAGACAUGGCUUGAAACCUCUCUUACUCAUCCUGCUCUCCAGCUUCCUUUACCAAUAAGCCCUGUCCCAUCUUUUUUCACCAGACACAAAGGCCAACUGAAGUCUAAUCAAGGUUCACAAUUCAUUAUUUUACAGAUGCCAACCUGUGGAGAUAUGAAAUCAGGAGAUUUUUCCUUUAUGCUACCACAGCAUCAACUCAGCACCACCCUCCCCCCAACUUAAAAAAAUUGAUGCCCCCCCCCCACCCCAAUAAAAUGGAUCUCCCUUCCCAAAUUACAGAGAUGGCUAUGUUUGAGUGUCUGUCAAGAUGCGGUUGCAUGAAAAUGCUGUAAGAAAUGGCAAGACUAGUUUGAAAAACCAAUAUUGGUUUGAUUUGGGUAAAUCUGGGGACACAAUGUUAGUCUACAGUGGAGCAUAGUCUUUAAGAGCUUUUUCAUCCCUUUCACACAGGAGAUUUGGUGAAUCAUAUGGGAGACCGGGAGAUUCGCUCUGUAUCUGGGAGACUCCCAUAUAAUGGUAUUUCCCUCCCACUUCACACUCCCAUGAAUGUUAUAUCUCUUCUCUCCCCAUUCCCUUAAGCUUUCGUGCCAGUACCCUUCCAGUUCCACUGGUCUCAAAAAAGAUGUAAAUGAGAAAAAGGCUCUUCAUAAUCUCGUCAAACAGUAAAAAAAAAACUUAAAUAUAACAGAAAUCGUCUCAUUUCUAACAGGGAAGUCUGUUUCAUUGGUGGGCCCGCGUUACCCCAAACUGACUAGCGUGCGUUAUCAUCCACUGAGCAUGCGUUUGUUAACUUGAGACCACGCUUGAAAGCAAAAUGGCGGAUGUUCUUGAUGUGGAUGUGGAAGACAAAGGUGGUUUUUCAGAGGACGAAGGCGAUGGUAAGAGCUUUUAUGCCAUCAGCAAGAAAUAAUAUUAAGGUUAUGCGAGUUUCAAAAUAAUUGUGUUAUGAUUUGUGCUGCUUUGCAGACGGAAUUCAGAGAUUGAAGUCUACUGUCACAAAGCGCAAAGGAAGAGGAUUCAAAGCGAGUACGUAAAGCAAAACUUUUCGAUCAGUAACGUUAAGGUUUGAGCCGUGGUGAAUGUCAAGUAAAUCAAAUAACACUUCGUAGUAUUUGAGAGGUUCGAUUCUGGUGCACGAUAAGCUCACUGGGACUCAGUUAAGGCGUCAAAAUGUACAGUCAUUAUGUCUAAGGAUCGAUCGAAGACCCAAUCAACUGAAAGAAAACUUCCUUUUGAGGGGGAGAGAAACUGCUAUUUGGCACAUUGAGCCGAGAUAUUUUGUCCUGUACAACUCACUGCUAACACAGCCUUACUGGAUUAAGGUCCAUGCAUUGCUGACUUAUCUUGUGGUCAAAUAUUCCAGGUGAUUCAUCCUCACGUGCCCAAGAACAGUAUGAAUCCAUGGAAACUGAUGAGGCUAGUGGAACAGGCCCAGCACGAUGUAUGUUUUCUUUUUUUUAACCAUAUCUGAUUAGUUAAAUGAAUUUCUAAAAGAAACUUGACUCAGCAACUGUCAACCUACCACUCCAAGUAUGCAUAAGAAUGCUCAAAACUAUGGGAAUAAAAUAAUAAACUUAUCAAAUUAUAAAGUUGCUUACAGAAUGGGGUUUUCAAUCAUUUCCAACUGCACUCUGCCCUGAAUGAGCAAUAUUAAUCACAUUGGAGCAUUUAAAAGUUUGUGAUUAGUUUGCAGAGACUUUGCAGACAUAUGAAUAGACACAUAUAAAGUUUUUGAUUCAGCAAACAACAAAUAUAUCUUGUUGCUAUGUUCAGUCCUGGCCCAUGUUCAGCAUAAUUUAGAAUGUUACAUAUAUUUUUACUUAAAAUUUCUUUAUCUUGGAACCUUCAACAAAUAUAUCUGAUUAAGCAAACUAUGAAAAAGAAAAUUAAAGGAUUCUACAAGUUUGCUGUUUAUUUCAGCUGUCGAAGGUUGGAUUCUGUUUGUUACCAAUGUUCACGAAGAAGCUCAAGAAGAUGACAUUCAUGACUUAUUCUCUGAAUAUGGAGAAAUAAAAAAUCUUCAUGCCAAUUUGGAUAGAAGAACUGGCUUUCUGAAGGUAAAUCAAAGAGUGUUGUGGAGUACAUACAGUUAGUGCAAUUAACCCUUUACACUCUGAUAUCAAUAUGCUUAUUAUGAUGUCCAUACUGUUUCAUUUGAAUUAAAUUACCACUGCUUUUGCUAAGCCUUAAUGUCUUGUUCAAAGAACUGGAAACUUUCAUGGGAGAAUUUGGACAAAUGUUGGCAUGUUGAUAGGGUGACGAAUUAUGUGCAGUGCCUUUUUGAAAUCGAUUUCCUUGGUUGUUUGGCUCCCCAUCCCUGCCAAGCCAUUGAAUUAUCAUUUGCAUUAUGCAUUUCCUCAGAUACUGACAAGGAGAAUUUGUAUUAAAAUCAAGAGCUUCUUUAGGUGGUGAUCAUUACCUAUAUUCUUGUGACCUAUUGUGCGAUUUGGGUGAAAUUGGAGGGAGAAAUAAGAUACUAGUCACUCUUAAAGGUUAAAAGGUUAAAACAAAAGUAGAUUAUUAUACUCCACAUACUACUCAAAUAUUUUAUGUCAAGAGAUUUGGGUGCAAGGCUUGAAAGCCCUUUUCCUUCUUCUAACGAUAUACUUCUUUGGUAAGUUGAGUAUGUCACUAACAGAUGAGCUUGUUCACUGUACUGUAGGGUUAUGCACUGGUGGAAUACGAGACAUUCAAAGAAGCCGAAGCAGCAAUGGAAGCCUUGAAUGGGUCCGAGCUUCUGGAGCAAAAAAUAUCUGUGGAUUGGGCAUUUGUGAGAGGGCCAAGAAAAUCUGCCGGGUAG